AUGGCCCCCCACACGGCACCAAAGCCUCUCGGCACUGUCGCCACGCUCGACACCACGGACGCCGAGACCGUCGUGCCGACGCCGACAGCGACGUCCGUGGGCUUCGGCGAUAUCGAGCUCAAGAACAAGAACCUGGCCGUCCGCGGCCGGUUCGACGACGCGGCGACCGACACGGCGACGCUGACGACCUUCGUCGCGCCGCACCUGACCCAGGGGCGCAAGUGGGUCCUGCUGUCAAUCUUCUCGCUGGCCAUGUUCAUUGAUAUCCUCGGGUACUCUGCCUUCUUUGUGCUCACCGAGUCGAUCUCGCGCGACAUCGAGAUCCUGUACCAGCAGUCGUCGUGGGUCAUUACGUCGUACAGCGUGACGUUUGCCGCCUUCCUCCUCUUCUGGGGCCGCGUGUCGGACCUGUACAGUUCGACAACCGUGUUCGUGGGCGGCUUCACUGCCCUCGGCACUCUCAGCCUCAUCAUCAGCUUCCUUACGGACAAGUACAGCUUCUUCGUUUUCCGUGCCCUCGCUGGCAUUGCCGGAGGCGCCCUCAUCCCCUCGAGCUACCGCCUCAUCACGGCCGUCUUUGACACGGAGGAACUCACGCUCGCCUUUACCGUGUAUGGCCUCAGCGGCGCAAUCAGCAAUGUGGUCGGCACCGUCAUCACCGGUACCCUGAUGCUCAGCCACGGCCAAGGCCAGCUCGCCGCAUGGCGCUGGUUCUUCCGCGUGCUGGCCAUCAUCAUCCUCCCGGCCGCGGCGCUCUCAUACUACGUUAUCCCUUGGUACCCGGGAACCGAGGCCGGCGACGGCCAAGCCCGCAAGACCAAGUGGCGCCGCCUCGACCUCCCCGGUGCGCUGAUCAUGUGUGCGGCCAUCGUCCUCCUCAUCCUCGGCCUCACCCUCGGCGCGUCAUACGGCUGGCGCAAGCCCGGCUUCCUCGUCCCGUUCCUCCUCAGCUGGCCCCUGUUCGUCAGCUUCUUCGUGUGGGAGAACUACCUCGGCGACGAGGCGCUACUGCCCCCCAAGACGUGGCGCAUCCCCAACUUCAUCGUCCUCAUCGUGUUCGCCCUCGAGGUGUACGGCUGGUGGGGCGUCAACUUCCUCCCCCUCACCGAGUACUUCAUCACCAUCGCCCACGAGAUCCCCCUGCUCGCAGCGACACGCACGCUCCCCCAGGGUGUCAUCGCCCUAAUCGUUACCAUUGUGCUCGGCACCGUCCCCGUCCUCGUGUCCCGCCCACGCUGGACCAUCGCCGCCGGCGCCAUUCUCAGCGCCACGGGCUACGUGCUCAUGGCGCAGCCCGACACGUAUGUCGGCAAGAGCUACUGGCGCUGGCUCUUCCCCUGCUUCAUCAUCGGCAGCGGCGGCAACAUGGCGUGCUUCUCAGCCAUCAACGUUGCCAUCAUGGUGACGUCCCCGCCCGAGAUGGCCGGUGUCACCGGCGCCGUGCUCCAGGUAUCACUGCAGGUCGGUACCGCCGUUGCCUUGUCUGUCCAGGCUGGCCUCCUCACCACCCACCCUGGGUCCAUCACAAAUCCCGCCAACCUCCGCACCAGCUGGUACUUCCAGAUCGGCUGGAUCGUGCUCUGGCUCAUUGGCUUCCUAGCGUUCUACCGACCAGACAAGGCGCCGUCAGCAGACGCAGAGGCGACGACGGUGACGCCUGCCACUGAGGACUAA